AUGAACCAUAAGACGAAGAUCCGACUACAGAAUGAGCUGAAUGAGAAGGAACUGAGCUUGGGUUAUGCUGGAGAUACGAGUAAAAGUUGGCACAGCGUCUACAAGGAGUCUGCUUGGAUUCACGUUGGUGGAUUGGAUUAUGGGCUCACCGAAGGAGAUCUUCUGGCUGUGUUUUCUCAGUAAGUUAGUUUCUGCUUUGUUUUUUCUUUGAUUUUAGGAAUUUUUGAUGUGGUUGAUGCUGAAGUUGUAGUUUUGGGUGUGUUUGAUAGGUUACGAGUUAAAUUUUGGUGCGAUUUGCGUAUGGUUAGGUUUUCUAUGUAGUACAGCAGUUUUCGGUUGUGUGAGAACUUGGAAUUUAUUUUUCACCCUUUUUAUUUUUCUUUAUACCUAUAUUUUGGCAGAAAAUUAUUAAUUUGGUUUGAUAUUUCUUGUAAAAUAAUUUUUUCUUUCUAGAUAUGGCGAGAUAUGCAACGUAAAUAUAAUCCGGGAUUAUAAGACCCUCAAGUCAAAAGGAUUUGCUUUCAUCUGCUAUCAAGAUCAGCGCUCGACAGUCCUAGCCGUCGAUAAUUUCAACGGGAUAAAGAUAGCCGGCCGAGAGAUAAAAGUGGAUCAUGUUGAGAGCUUCAAACCUCCAAAAUACAAGGAAAAUGUGCCAGAAGCCUUGAUGAAGAUCUGGCGAGAAGGUUGUGCACCUGUCCCUAUUAAUAUCAGCAAGGGUAAGGGAUUUUUGGAUAUUACUUUAGAUUAUAUUGUACUUGAUAAAUUUUUUGUCAUUUUUUCACUAAUUUAUCACCCAUUUCAGAGGAUAUUGAGCGAGAUUACGAACGCCAGAAGGCCGCUCAAGCGCAAGCACUUGCCGAAGCUGAUCAGUUGAAGGAAUUAGAGGACGAAAAGGUUAAGAAACUGUUGAAGAAGAUGAAGAAGGAGGACAAGAAGCUCAAGAAAGAAGCAAAGAAACUGAAGAAAAGAGAGAAACGAGAGAAGAAGCGGCUAAAACGAUCACCAACACCUUUGGAAGAACGAGGAACGGCUGAUUCUGUAUCAAAUUGGGAUCAAAAGAAGAAACAUGUCGAUUAUAGAGAGAUGGAUGUAAGUGUUUGUCUUUUUUGUUUUGAUUUUAGAUGAUUUGCGGGCUAAAGGACUGCUUUGUAAAGGGAUUUUUGGAUAAUCGACCUAUUUCAAAUUCUCCGAUACUAACGCCUAGUGCAACAUAAAUUUUCUGUCGGAUUUUAAGAAAUGAUUUUGCAAGAGAACAGAUAUUACGCCUUAUGUCAGAUUCUUGAAUCAUAUGAUUGCUACUUAUGACAAAAAUAUGCAAUUUAUUUAUUGGAUACCAAGUGUAAUAUAAUUUUUUUUCAGGAUGAAGACUUUUAUGGGUCCAGCAAAGCUUUCAACUUUGGAAAGAAGAGAAAGGAGAUCCCAGAUGGCCCCACACACAACAUUCGACCAGAUUUCGACAAGGCUGAUUGGCGAGAUAUCGAAUUAUUCAAAAUUAUGCGAGAAAAAGAAAAGGCCGAGAAAGGAGAGAAGCCCAAUAAUUUCAAGGAAGAGGAACAUUAUCUUCCAAAUCGUUUUGGAUAA